AUGACACGCACCACUCCUGUAGUAUUGCUUGCCUCUGUGGCACUUCCACUCGCUUUCGCCGCCAACACCGGCAGCUUUGAUGUCUUGACUUUUAAUGUUGCUGGCUUGCCUUCCAUUCUUUCCGGAAAUGAUGUGCCAGGUGAUAAAGAGACAAAUUCACGGGGUAUUGGGUCCAAGUUCGCUGAAUAUGACUACGAUGUCAUUCAUGUACAAGAGGUGUGUACAGACAAGACAGCUGCAAGAGCUUCUACAAAUACUAACAGUCUGAAGGACUUCAACUAUCAUGCAUACAUCUACGAAACAGACGACCACCCAUAUCGGACGGCAACAUCUGGUGGAGUUCCGUUCGGCAGUGGUCUGAACACGCUUUCCAACUUCAAUUGGAUCUCAUAUGACCGCAUCAAAUGGGAUUCUUGCUAUCUCAACGACGGCGACUGCUUAACGCCCAAAGGAUUUACCGCCAUGCGAGCGCAAAUCGAUGAGGGGGUCUACAUCGACUUUUACAACCUCCAUGCUGAUGCUGGCUCCGAAUCAGGCGAUGUCCUUGCACGCCAAGCAGGUAUCGUCCAGCUGAUCAACUACAUCGAAGCCAAUUCAAUUGGAAACGCCGUCGUCGUCUUCGGUGACACGAAUGAUCGGUACACAAAUGCAGAAGUGCCCGUUUCCAUGCUUACCACCCAGCUCGGGUUCAAGGACACUUGGGUGGAGCUCAUCAAGGGUGGAGUUACGCCGAUAUCAGGAGCUCCAGCCGAUCCAUGUGGCAAGCCAGCGGCUUCCAAUCAAUGCGAGAUCGUUGACAAAGUGCUAUACCGCGGCAGCCGCGCCAUAAGUCUGUCGGCCUCAGGCUGGAAUUAUGAAACCUCCAAGUUCUUACAGCCAGAUGGCAAUAUUUUGUCGGACCACAAUCCAAUCACGGUGGACUUUUCUUGGUCACGGUCAAACACGAUCAGAUUGAGCGAUCUAUCUGGUGGGCCUCACGGUAACUGGUUCAACGACCUGGACUCAAUCCCCAGCUCUUCCAGCGGCACCAACAAGCCGUCCAAAAUCUCCUUCCGAGGCGCCAACCGCCUCGACAGCGUCAGCCUGACCCUCACGUCCGGCACGACAUACACGCACGGCGGUACAGGCGGCAGCCUCGUGGAGCUCACGCUCGAAGCCUCCGAGUACUGGACACAGGCGAAGCUCUGCCGGGGACAGAAGAAUGACCACACGCGAAACUUCUACAUCCUCGCGACCACGAGUUCGGGACGCACGCUGAGCUCCGGCACGUCGACCGGCGAUUGCAGUUCCUUCGCUGCACCUGAUGGAUGGCAGAUUGUUGGAUUUCAGGGACGCGAUGGUGAUGAGUUGGAUCUUCUGGGCUUUAUCUACGCCCCGCAGUGA